AUGCCAGCCAAGCUGCGAGGAUACGAUCGAUGGCGUCCUACGGAUUUGCAAUGUGCGGUGAUGCAGAGGUCUGAGUACAACACGGCUAUACUUAAGAAGCCGCGGCUCAAGGGCACCGCUCCAUUGAAUCCUCCAGAAGAGGUCAUCGGCUUCAUCAUGGUCGGAGUCAAGAAGGAGGCUAUUCGGUACCUUGAUCUUCUUUUCGCUCAAGAUGAGCGAGAUCUAGACGAGGUGAAGCCUCGAUCCAAAGACGAUGACCCUGAAGAGGAUGGUCCCAUGAGUUCGCCGCUGAGAAGGGAGUCUGUGGACGUUGAUGUCGAGCUAGACACCGGAGAGAUUGUUCAAGUCCAUGCGCAUACGUACGUUUGGAAACAUCACACAGCAGACCUUGGCCAGCUGUGGGAAGAAGAUCAUUUUCUGCGGGGGUCCAAGUUCCAGAGCCUCAUUGAACAUGAGAACAGAUGGAAAGACGAGGAGCAGGCACUCGCAACAAGCAUGCAGAUCUCUUUCGCCCUCGUUGGAGACUAUGUAUGUAGUGCGGUUCUCACCGGGAACGCCGUCGAGCUCAAGACUUUGUUGGAUCGAGAGUGGAGCCCCGACGCACCUUGCCGCUACUACGGCAACCCUUUGCAGGCUGCUGUAGUGGUCGGAAACGAAGACAUGGUACAGCUACUUCUCGACUACGGCGCCAACGUCAACCAGAGAGACGGCAGGUAUGGAUCCGCCCUCAUUGCUGCCGCCUUUGCAUCUCGCAAGUCAAUAAGUCGACUCCUUCUCCGGCGUGGGGCAGACGUAUUUACUUCCCACCCAACCCACGGCACUGCCCUCUAUCAAGCUGUCGGACAGUCAGACUAUGCCAUAGUUGAAAUGCUUCUAGAACAUGCCUCCUGGCUCACCGAAGACUGGGGCGAGAUACGCGACCUGGCCGAUGAGAUCGGGGACAGCGAAAUCAAGAGUCUUCUGCGGCAAUACGACGUUAGACAGAUUUACAAGCUCUCUUUACCGGCGCCUCAAAGGUCUCAAAAAGAGCUCGAAGGCCCGCAAUCCUACAGCAAGGUUUUUAGCACUGUUGUUCAGAAGUGUUUUGCCGUCCAAACAAUGUCGGGAAAUUGGAAAGGACGAAAGGGAGUCUUGGUUACGGUCGCCGCCCUCAAUGCUGGUGCAUCUAUGAACAUUCUCUCCAUCAUGCAUUCUGCAAUUGGCCCGGUCAAGGCACUCAUCGAUGAGCUGCGCCGUGCCGAUGAGAUCCAAGAACGAAAUCGCCGAGCAGCUUUGGACAACGCGCGGUUGGAUCAGCAGUAUGAUAAUGAAGUCAAGUCUAUUCGGGAUGGUGAUGUUUACGAGAGCCGGAAGUUGAAUAGAGGUCGACGACAUGAGUAA